UUUGUCCAUAAAUCCGCGGUCACACUUUUGCGAACUGCAGCAAAAAAAUUUAUCGCUGAAAUUCAAUUUUCUUAAAAUCGUAUUUAUGUAUUUAUAGUCAUGUUAUGUUAAGUGACAAAAGGCUAACAUGGGCUACGAUGUCAAUCGAUUUCAGGGAGAAGUGGACGAGGAGCUAACAUGCCCCAUAUGCUCUGGAGUUCUGGAGGAUCCGCUGCAGGCGGUCAUGUGCGAGCACGCCUUCUGUCGCGGGUGCAUCAACGAAUGGCUAACACGGCAGCCCACAUGUCCCGUGGAUCGCAACGCUCUGACGACAGCCAAUCUACGUGCCGUGCCUCGUAUAUUGCGCAACCUACUGUCCAGACUAUCAAUUACCUGUGACAAUGCACCGUAUGGCUGCACCGCUGUGCUCAAACUAGACGUAUAUAAUUCCCAUUUAGAGGACUGCAUCCACAAUCCGAAGCGACCCUUUCCCUGUGAAAAAGGCUGUGGCUUCGACAUACCCAAGGACGAGCUAAAGGAUCACAAUUGCGUGCGGGAGCUGCGCACGCUGAUCGUCAAGCAAACGGAGAAAAUGGUAGAGCUAAAAUCGGAGCUAACCGACCAGCAGCUGACCAUCAAUGAACUGAAACGGGAGCUGCAACUGUUCAAGGACUUUAUGCGUGCCAUGCGCGUCUCCAAUCCGGCAAUGCGCGCGAUAGCCGACCAGAUGGAGCGGGACGAGGUAAUUCGCUGGAGUAGCGCCCUGCCCCGGGCCAGAGUCACGCGCUGGGGAGGAAUGAUCUCUACGCCCGAUGAUGCACUGCAGCUCAUGAUCAAGCGCGCUCUGUCCGAGUCGGGCUGUCCGCCACACAUUCUGGAUAGUUUAAUGGAGUUCUGCCACGAGAGACGCUGGCCGCGGGGUCUUAGUUCGCUGGAAACGCGUCAGAAUAACCGCAGAAUCUAUGAUAACUAUAUCUGUCGGCGCAUUCCAGGCAAACAAGCUGUGCUCGUGCUGAGCUGCGAUAACCUGCACAUGACUGAGGACGUGAUGAUCGAUCCGGGCCUGGUUAUGAUCUUUGCCCAUGGCAUUGAAUAGGCCCCCGCUACCACUACCACUACUUAUCCUAGGUCAAGUUCUUACAAUAUCCCUCCCACCCCCACCCCAACAGUGCUCAGUUUUGUUGAUUUCUUAACAAUUAAGUUUAAUAAGCAUUGAAAUCGUCGAAUCGGUUUUGAUUUGUGCAGCCUUAGAACUAAGACAACCACUCGCAGAAUAAUCUCACUCAAAGGAAAGACCAUACCAUAACAUACCAUACCAUUCAAGCGCCUCAUGACGACUUUCAAGUUGUACAAACAUUUAUACACUCCGAAUCGUUGUAUCUCUUUUCUAUUCUAUUAUAUUCUAUUUAGUUUGUAACAAAUUAUUCCUCCCAUUUAUACACACAGCCAACAACAACAACAUCAUUUUAUUUGUCUAAUUAAGCGAUCUCAACGAAGAAAAGAAAAAGCCGAUUUGUUAUUGUUCUCUGUUCACUUCCCUUUUUGGACCAUGUGAGUGUCUUAAUUUGUGUUUCGAUUCC